AUGCCUAAUAAAAAGAAAAGUACCAGUUUUAUAAAAUCCAUCACCAAGACGGUGCAACAGACCAUUGACCAACUAAUGGAAAGUCAAAGGCGACGUGAUGAAGAGCUAAUAAAAAAUAUUAGGGAAAUGCAUGGAAGCAUGAAUACUAGGUUAUGUGAGGUAGAACAUCAAGCACGAGGCACGUUUAUUAAUUCGACUGCGGCCUUAGACUCUGGAUUUGAAAGUCGACAUCCAAAUUAUCCUACUAAUUCGUCGAUGGCAGUGGGUAACUUGGAUAAUGAAGAAUACGUAGCGCCUCCGGCUACUAUGAAUCGUUUGCAAAGACAUGUGUCACACUCUAACGAUAUUGCUAACCCUUCGUCUAUUUCAGGAUUACCAAGUACCAGCCGUAAGCGCGUAGAUGGAUUGGAAAAGACAACCCAAAUUACUUCCAACAGAGAGAACAGCACAAUCGAAAAUAAUAUAACCCGUCAGCGUAACGAUGUUCCCUUAAAUGUAUACAAUAACCACAUUGUACAGCCUCCAUGCGUGAAUUGUCAGCCAUCGCUUGGACCUAGUUUUACCCCAAUAGAUUUUUCUAGUUGUGGUCAUUCACCGGCUUUGCAAAGCAAACCAAGUUUUAAGCCACAUUAUGUUUCCACUUAUGAUGGGUCCACUUCGUGGACAGAUUAUGAACGUCAAGUGGAAGAUGCGGCUCGAUUUUAUGGUUGGAGCUGCAAUGAAAAGUUGAUGGCAGUAACAUCUAAUUUGAGAGGUCGUGCACUAAGACUGUAUGGAACGAUUCCCAGUAAUCCUACUCCCACUUAUGAACAAGUACGUCAGUUAAUGCGGGAAAGAUUUUCUUUAGAUGCUCAUGCCAGCUAUCAAUACUUCAGGCAGUGUGUGCAGGGUCCUAGAGAGUCAGUAGAAGAUUUCGCCAUGGAAUUGGAGCGUUUGUCAUUGAAUGCCUUCCAAGGUGUUCCACAAGAAGUUACAUCUGAAAUAGUGGUGCAUCAGUUUAUUGAUGGCUUACGUGAUACUCAACUUCAUGGCUUGGUAGUGGCCAGUCGACCCAGAUGUAUUGGGGAAGCAUUGAGAACAACCCAAGAUUUGCAAUCUCAAAUAAAUAGAGCAAAACCUCGAAGUGUAUACCAUGUGGAAGUUGAACCUGAAUGUAAUACUGGAGGUUCACGCAAACCUCAAAAAGGUAACAAAUCGGGAAACGAAGAGGCAUCGGCUUGA